GAUUUCAGCAAUCUGCUAUGCUAAAUCGUGAAAGAAACCACUCCCUCAUAGUCAUAUAUGAAUAUUCAAUUUCAGCCGUCGGAUUCCCUGACAAAUAAUCCUGAUCGGUUCCAGAAGACACUACCAAAAUACAUAAAAAUAAUAUGUAAACAAAAAAACUUCCCCCUUCUCAGUCACUACUCCAUUUUCCACUGCUUCACUCCAUAUUCUUCACACACAGUGCCACCGAAAAGGCAAAAACCUCCACCUUUUUCCAUCAGUUCUAUGCUUAAGGUGUUCUGAGUUCUGACUUCAUCCCAAGUUUGAAUUUUUGGAGGUGAAAAGAAUAAUGGAAGUUACAAAGGGCUCUUUUUUCUACCUUCUCCUCUUACUACUUUCAGCUCUGUCCGCUGCUUUUGCUGAAGAUGCUUUCAUUGGUGUAAAUAUCGGUACAGAACUGUCCGACAUGCCCAACCCGACUCAGGUUGUAGCACUUCUCAAAGCCCAGCAGAUUCGACAUGUCAGAUUAUUUGAUGCUGACCGGGCUAUGUUACUAGCACUUGCCAAUACUGGUAUUCGUGUUACUGUAUCUGUUCCAAAUGAUCAGCUAUUGGGCAUUGGACAGUCCAAUGCCUCUGCAGCCAACUGGGUAUCUCGAAACAUUAUUGCUCAUGUCCCUGCGACCAACAUCACUGCUAUAGCUGUAGGAUCCGAAGUUCUUACCACACUUCCUAAUGCUGCCCCUAUCCUGGUCUCAGCCAUGCAAUUUAUCCACUCUGCCUUAGUUGCAUCUAAUCUUGAUAGACAAAUCAAAGUAUCCACCCCACACUCUUCUUCUAUAAUCCUGGAUUCUUUCCCACCUUCUCAAGCCUUUUUUAAUAAGUCCCUGGAUCCGGUCAUGGUUCCCUUACUCAAGUUUUUACAGUCGACAGGCUCCCAUCUUAUGUUGAAUGUGUAUCCCUACUAUGAUUAUAUGCAGUCCAACGGUGUAAUUGCAUUGGACUAUGCUUUAUUUCGCCCUUUACCCCCUAACAAGGAGGCUGUUGAUCGGAAUACGCUCCUUCACUACACUAAUGUUUUUGAUGCAGUUGUUGAUGCGGCAUACUUCUCCAUGUCCUAUCUGAAUUUCACAAACAUUCCCAUAGUAGUUACUGAAUCUGGCUGGCCUUCGAAGGGUGACUCUUCUGAGCCUGAUGCCACUCUAGAUAAUGCUAACACUUACAACAGUAACCUUAUUAAGCAUAUCCUUAACAACACCGGAACUCCCAAACACCCUGGGGUUCCCAUUAGCACCUACAUAUAUGAGCUGUACAAUGAAGAUCUGAGACCUGGAACAGUGUCAGAGAAGAAUUGGGGGCUUUUUAAUGCAAAUGGUGUCCCAGUUUAUAUCCUUCAUCUGACGGAUUCUGGGACUGUCCUAGCAAAUGACACCACAAACCAGACUUACUGUGUUGCAAAGCAAGGAGCAGACAAGAAGUUGUUACAAGCAGCCCUCGACUGGGCUUGUGGCCCUGGGAAGGUGGAUUGUAAUCCAUUAAUGCAAGACAGUCCAUGUUAUUCCCCAGAUACGGUGGCUGCACACGCCUCAUAUGCUUUUGAUGCCUAUUAUCACAAAAUGUCUAUGGUAGAUGGAUCCUGUGACUUCAAUGGUGUUGCCACCAUCACAACCUUGGAUCCUAGUCAUGGUUCGUGCGUAUUUCCAGGAAGUGGUGGGAGGAAUAGCAGCUUGGUAAAUGGCACCUCCCUUGCUCCAUCAACUAAUUCUACUGUAUCGGGCUGCCAUUCACAACAUUUCCAGAGUUCUGUGGCCUAUAUUAGCUCCAUUGUAGCUUCUGUUAUAAUCUGUGGGGCAGUUCUCUUGUAAAACAUGAAUCUACUUACUCUUUACUGAUUUUGAACUGCAUUGAGACUUCAAAACAUUGGGUUGAAAUAUGGUUGAGAAUUUGCCACACCCAAUUUUGGUCCUCUUGAGAGAUGUAUGGGUUUGGCAAUCUACCUGAAAUGUGAAUUAUGGCCAUAUUCCCUUUAGUGCUCCAUCGAUUUGUACAAACUAGGUGUUAAGAAAUCUUGACACUGUUGAUGUAAUUAUGUUAGUUUAGACUGGUUAUAUUUUUUAUGGUUUUAUUCAACCUGGAAUUUGUGAUGGAUUUUAGCAAGAACUGGCUUGAAAAAUCGGCUGAAGUUCUGUUUCAGCUGUGAGUGCGAG